AUGCCAGUAAAAAGAAAAAAUCACGGUAAAAACAGAAAAAAUAGAGGAUCUUGUAAACCUGUCCAAUGUGAUAAAUGUGGUAGACUUGUACCAAAGGAUAAGGCCAUUAAAAGGUUUAAGAUUGUUCCACUUGUAGAAGCAGGAUCUAUGGAUGAUGUAAAAGUAGCAUCUAUUUAUGAUGUAUUUGAAGUGCCGAGAAUUUCGUAUAAAAAUCAGUACUGUGUUUCAUGCGCCUGCCAUGCAAGGAUUGUGAGAGUGAGAAGUAGACAAGGAAGAAAAAUAAGAUAUGAUGGAGAGAAAAGGAUGGUAAAAUAA